GUGGCUUCCUCUGGGGGCCAGGCAGAGAGCCGGGCUUGUAAGCCCCGAGUGGCCCCCGCUUCUCAGCCCCCAGAUCUCCCGCACCUGCCCUCUCUUCCCUCAGACCAGAAGGAGGCGAUGGAGACGUUCUCCUUCCCCAGGUACGAGGUGGAUGAGCUCCUAGCGCACAUCCGCAACAGCAUCCUAACAGGCGCCGAUGGGAAAAACCUCUCCAAGACGGAUCUCUGUCCAAACCCCAAGCCCGAGGUCUUACGUGCCAUCUACAUGCGGGUGCUGGUGCUGGUCUUCGGGAUGCAGCCCGAGGACUUCUACAAGCUGCCGGCCUGUGGGGAGGUGCCCUACCCACAGACCAUGCAGGGCUUUCUAUUCGUCAGCAACCUGUUCCGACACCUGAAGCCCUUCAUGCACAUCUGUCGGGUCAGUGACUUCGAGAUGGCGGAUCUUCUGCACCCGAAAGCCAAGCGGACCAUCCGGUUUCUCAGUGCCAUUGUCAAUUUCAUCCACUUCCGGGAGUCUUGCUGUGAGAACUACAUGGAGUUCCUGUGGCAGCAUGAAGCUGCCGCCAGUAAAAUGAGUCAGCUGGAGAGAGCCAAGGAGGAGGCACUGCAGAGACUGGAAGAGCUGAAGCUGGUCCCCGCCGACCAGCAAGCCGAGGUCCAGCAGCUGGAGGACGACAUCCAGGAACGGCAGCGGCCCCUGAGCCACUUGCAGAGGAAAUCGAUGCAGAUGCAGGAGACAAACGCGCAGAAGAAACACCAAAUAGCCGAGAAAACCAGGCGCCGGAAUGAGCUGAAGCUCUCACUGGCGUCCGCCAAAGAGCUGCAGGAGGGUCUGAAGGCCAAGGUCGUCGAUUCGCCAGAGAAGCUGAAGCGGGAGAAUGAGCAGAUGAAGGACACGGUUCAGAAGUUCAAGACCUCCCUGCGAGAGGUGAGGGACAGGCGUGACCAGUACCGCGACGCGGUGGAGGGGCUGCCCAAGUGCCAGCUGGAGGCGCAGCGGUACCUGAGGAAGGCACAGGAGCUGGCGGACAGCAGGGACGGGCUGGCCCAGACUUCCCAGGAGAACCUGAUGCUGGAGGACCAGGUGGAGAGCGCCCAGCUGGCCCUGCGGAGGCUGAAGGGGGAGGAGAGCGCCCUCCGGCGGCAGCGCGCGGCCAAGGAGGAGAAGCUGGCCACGGUCCAGCUCAGGGCCCGCCAGAAGCGCCAGGACACGGAGAGGCACAAGCGCGCGCUCACCGAGGACUGCCAGAGGCUGCAGGCGGAGCGGGACGCGGUCUGCGCGCGCGUGGAGACCCUCACCCAGGAGGCGCAGCGGGGGAGGCUGAGCACCCAGCAGCUGCGGGACGCGGCCGAGCGGGAGCGCCUCAAGUCCCGCGAGAUCUCCGUCAAGCUCAAGGCUGGGCUGGACAAGUACCAUGAGGGGCUGGAGAGGGCGUCGGCCGAAGGGCGCGCGGCUCUGCAGAGGAAGGUGGAGAAACUGAGGACGAGGCUGUACCAGGCCAACACUGGAGGGCCCCGGGAGGAGGAGGGCAUGGGCCAGGGAGGGCAGGAGGGUGCAUCCAGCACUCAGGACUAAGCACCUAACGCGCAGCACUUAGCGCGCAGCACUUAGCACGCAGCACCCCUAGCGCGCAGCACCCAGCUCUCGCCACAGCCCCCACCGAUUAGGUUGUCACCUGUGGCCCCUGUGGGGUAUUCCGGGGGCCCCCAGGGGUCAGACUCCCUGUGUGUCCUCUGCCUGAGGCUGUUUGGGCUGAAGAAUAAAUGGAUACGCUCA